UCUCAAUCCACCAAUGAGGAAUUCCCAAACUGUGAGGGGCGGGAAACACGGAAACGCCACAAAGAAAAACAGGUGAAGACGACACGUCGGCUGUGUGCAGGAAUCCCCUCUGUUCAGCUGAAACUGACUUUAAAUGAACCUGUUACAGAAAAAUUUUAACAUCGCCAUUGUUCAGUUUGUUAUUUUUGUCAGCACCUCCGUGCUUUUCGCUCCUAACAGCUGAAAUGGAGAUAGAUGGUGGUGUGGUUUUGGCCACCGAGAGAUAUGGUAAUGCAGAGUCCUGGAAGUAUUUAGCAAAGGAUGGAUUGAUGGAGAGGAGAAGAGAAGGCGGUCAAGGUGAAUCUAGAGGAAACUCUAUUGUUGGCGUUUUCAAAAGCGUGUUUCUGCCUCAGGGCUAUCCAGAGAGUGUCAGCGAUGACUAUCUGCAGUACCAGUUCUGGGAUACUGUGCAGGCUUUCUCCAGCUCUCUGUCAGGGACUCUGGCCACACAGGCCUCUCUCAGAGGAGUCGGUGUGGGAAACCAAGAGGCAACAGUAGCUGCAGGGACCAACCUGAGGAACCAAUACCAGUUGCAGUGGACAACUGGGUCUAUCAAGAAGUGCAUAAACGUCACUGGUCAGAACCACGUUGGAAAGGACCCUACAGGGUAG